CGCUGCCUGGCAGCUCCGGCCCGGCCGUGGGCGCGGCGGGCGAGGGCGAGCCCGGAGCGGGGAGCGGGGGAGCGGCGGGGGCAUGUGGAUGUUGGCCGUCGCCUUGCUCCACAGCAUCUCGCAUGUUUUCAGUGAAGAGCUACACGCCAGUCUAUACUUUGUCAAUGCAUCUCUGCAAGAGGUAGUGUUUGCCAGCACCACAGGGACACUGGUCCCCUGUCCAGCUGCAGGGAUCCCCCCUGUGACGCUCAGAUGGUACCUAGCGACGGGCGAGGAGAUCUACGAUGUCCCAGGGAUCCGCCACGUCCACCCCAAUGGCACUCUCCAAAUUUUCCCCUUCCCUCCUUCAAGCUUUAAUAACUUAAUCCAUGAUAACACUUACUAUUGCACAGCUGAAAAUCCUUCAGGGAAAAUCAGGAGUCAGGAUGUUCACAUUAAGGCUGUUUUACGGGAACCCUAUACAGUCCGUGUGGAGGACCAGAAAGCCAUGAGAGGCAAUGUAGCAGUGUUCAAGUGCAUUAUCCCCUCCUCUGUGGAGGCAUACAUCACUGUUGUCUCAUGGGAGAAAGACACAGUCUCGCUUGUCUCAGGACCUAGAUUUCUCAUCACAUCCACGGGAGCCUUGUAUAUUUUAGACGUACAGAAUGAAGACGGGCUGUACAACUACCGAUGUAUCACAAGGCACAGAUACACUGGAGAAACACGACAAAGCAACAGUGCAAGACUUUUUGUAUCAGAUCCAGCGAAUUCAGCUCCAUCUAUUCUAGAUGGGUUUGACCACCGCAAAGCCAUGGCAGGACAGCGAGUGGAGCUGCCCUGCAAAGCAUCAGGGCACCCCGCACCAAAGUACCGCUGGCUGAAGGACAACGUCCCCUGGGAGCCCGACAGCAGGUUCAGGCAGACGGUGACGGGUCUGCUCAUCGAGAACACGCGGCCCUCGGACUCCGGGAGCUACGUCUGCGAGGUGUGGAACAACUACGGCACCGCCGAGAUGGUUGGGAGGCUCUACGUCAAACAGCCACUAAAAGCCACCAUCAGCCCCCGGAAAGUCAAAAGCAGCGUCGGCAGCCAAGUGUCCUUGUCCUGCAGCGUGACGGGGACUGAGGACCAGGAGCUGUCCUGGUACCGGAACGGGGAGAUCAUCAACCCCGGGAACAACGUCCGGAUCACCGGGGUCAACCGGGAGAACCUCAUCAUGGACGGCAUGGCCAAGAGUGACGGGGGAGCCUACCAGUGCUUCGUGCGCAAGGACAAGAUGUCUGCCCAGGACUAUGUCCAGGUGGUUCUGGAAGAUGGAACUCCCAAAAUCAUUUCUGCCUUCAGCGAGAAAGUGGUGAGCCCGGGAGAGCCAGUGUCCCUCGUGUGCAACGUGAAGGGGACUCCCCUGCCCACGAUCACCUGGACUUUGGAUGAAGAUCCCAUCGUGAAGGACGGCAGCCACCGGAUCAGCCAGAUCAUCACCUCUGAGGGCAACGUGGUCAGUUACCUGAACAUCUCCAACACUCAGGUCCGAGACGGGGGCGUUUAUCGCUGCACUGCCAACAACUCUGCCGGAGUCGUCCCGUACCAGGCUCGAAUAAACGUAAGAGGGCCGGCCAGCAUCAGGCCGAUGAAGAACAUCACGGCCAUAGCUGGGAGGGACACCUACAUCCACUGCAGGGUCAUCGGGUACCCCUAUUACUCCAUCAAGUGGUACAAGAACUCCAACCUGCUCCCGUUCAACCAUCGCCAGGUGGCGUUUGAGAACAACGGGACGCUGAAGCUCUCGGAUGUGCAGAAGGAGGUGGACGAGGGGGAAUACACCUGCAAUGUCCUGGUCCAGCCCCAGCUGUCCACCAGCCAGAGCGUGCACGUGACGGUGAAAGUCCCGCCUUUCAUCCAACCCUUCGAGUUCCCGCGGUUCUCCAUCGGGCAGAGGGUCUUCAUUCCCUGCGUGGUGGUCUCCGGGGACCUGCCCAUCACCAUCACCUGGCAGAAGGACGGCAGGCCCAUCCCCGCCAGCCUCGGCGUCACCAUCGACAACAUCGACUUCACCAGCUCCCUGAGGAUCUCCAACCUGUCCCUGAUGCACAACGGGAACUACACCUGCAUAGCCAGGAACGACGCGGCGGCUGUGGAGCACCAGAGCCAAUUAAUCGUGAGAGUGCCCCCCAGGUUUGUGGUUCAGCCCAGCGACCAGGAUGGGAUCUAUGGAAAAGCUGUAAUCCUCAACUGCUCUGCAGAGGGUUAUCCUGUCCCUACCAUUGUCUGGAAGUACUCAAAAGGUGCCGGGGUUCCUCAGUUCCAGCCGAUUGCACUGAAUGGUCGUAUCCAGCUUCUCACAAACGGCUCCUUGCUGAUUAAACAUGUGCUGGAAGAAGACAGUGGAUACUACCUGUGCAAGGUCAGCAAUGAUGUGGGAGCAGACGUCAGCAAGUCCAUGUACCUCACUGUUAAAAUUCCAGCUAUGAUCACCUCCUACCCAAACACCACCUUGGCAACACAAGGACAGAAGAAGGAGAUGAGCUGCACAGCCCAUGGAGAGAAACCCAUCAUAGUCCGCUGGGAGAAGGAAGAUCGAAUCAUCAACCCCGAGAUGUCCCGUUACCUUGUCUCCACCAAGGAAGUUGGGGAUGAAGUGAUCUCUACUCUGCAGAUUUUGCCAACCGUGCGUGAAGAUUCUGGCUUCUUUUCCUGCCACGCCAUCAAUUCCUACGGGGAGGAUCGUGGGAUAAUUCAGCUCACUGUGCAAGAACCCCCCGACCCUCCCGAGAUAGAAAUCCGAGAGGUGAGAGCCCGCAGCAUCGCCCUCAGGUGGACCAUGGGAUUCGACGGGAACAGCCCCAUCACCGGCUACGACAUCGAGUGCAAGAACAAGUCUGACUCCUGGGAUUCCGUUCAGAGAACCAAAGACGUUUCCCCUCAGCUAAACCAGGCCACCAUCAUCGACCUGCACCCUUCCUCCACCUACAACAUCCGCAUGUACGCCAAGAACCGCAUCGGCAAGAGCGAGGCCAGCAACGAGCUCACCAUCACCACGGAUGAAGCAGCUCCUGAUGGUCCCCCUCAGGAUGUCCAGCUGGAGCCUAUAUCGUCACAAAGCAUCCGAGUCACCUGGAAGGCUCCAAAGAAACACUUGCAAAAUGGAAUUAUCCGUGGCUACCAGAUCGGUUACCGGGAGUACAGUGCAGGGGGAAACUUCCAGUUCAACAUCAUCAGCAUUGACACCACGGGGGACAGCGAGGUUUAUACACUGAAUAACCUGAAAAAAUUCACCCAGUAUGGCAUGGUGGUCCAGGCUUGUAACAGGGCUGGGAUAGGACCUUCUUCUCAGGAAAUCAUCACCACGACUCUUGAGGAUGUGCCCAGUUGCCCUCCAGGGAACGUGCAAGCCACUGCCACAUCACCAGAAACCAUCUCUAUUUCUUGGUCAACGCUGGCAAAGGAAACCCUGAAUGGGAUCCUGCAGGGAUUCAGGGUCAUCUACUGGGCCAAUCUCUUGGAUGGAGAGCUGGGAGAGAUAAAGAAUGUCACCACCACACAGCCAUCACUGGAGCUGGAUGGCCUGGAAAAAUACACCAACUACAGCAUCCAGGUGUUGGCUUUUACACGAGCCGGGGAUGGAGUGAGGAGUGAACAGAUUUUCACCCGCACUAAGGAAGAUGUUCCAGGUCCUCCCGCUGGUGUUAAAGCAGCCGCGGCUUCGGCCUCCACUGUCUUCGUGUCCUGGCUCCCUCCCCUCAAGCUGAACGGCAUCAUUCGGAAAUACACCGUGUUCUGCUCCCACCCCUACCCCACAGUAAUCAGCGAGUUUGAAGCCUCUCCCGACUCAUUUUCCUACAGAAUCCCCAACCUGAGCCGGAAUCGGCAGUACAGCGUCUGGGUGGUGGCGGUGACCGCCGCGGGCAGAGGCAACAGCAGCGAGAUCAUCACGGUGGAGCCGCUGGCCAAAGCUCCUGCCAGGAUUUUGACCUUCAGCGGCACGGUGACGACUCCCUGGAUGAAGGACAUUGUUCUCCCUUGCAAAGCCGUGGGGGACCCAGCUCCAACAGUCAAAUGGAUGAAGGAUAGUAACGGGACACCCAGUCUAGUGAUGAUUGAUGGGCGAAGGAGCAUCUUCAGCAACGGGAGCUUUGUCAUCCGGACUGUGAAAGCAGAAGACUCUGGAUACUACAGCUGUGUGGCCAGUAACAACUGGGGAUCAGAUGAAAUCAUUUUGAAUUUGCAGGUACAAGUUCCACCAGACCAGCCAAGACUCACUGUAUCCAAAACUACAUCUUCCUCUAUCACUCUUUCCUGGAUACCUGGAGACAACGGUGGCAGUUCUAUCCGAGGUUAUAUUUUGCAGUACUCUGAAGAUAACAGUGAGCAGUGGGGCAGUUUUCCCAUUAGCCCCAGUGAGAGAUCCUACAGGCUGGAAACACUGAAAUGUGGCACUUGGUACAAGUUCACUCUGACUGCCCAGAACGGGGUGGGGCCGGGACGCAUCAGUGAGAUCAUCGAGGCCAAGACACUUGGAAAAGAGCCACAGUUUUCCAAGGAGCAAGAGCUCUUUGCCAGUAUCAACACCACACGAGUGAAGCUGAACCUGAUAGGCUGGAAUGACGGGGGCUGCCCCAUCACCUCCUUCACCCUGGAAUACCGGCCCUUUGGGACAACGGUCUGGACAACGGCUCAGAGGACAUCCCUGUCCAAGUCCUACAUCCUGUAUGACCUCCAGGAGGCAACCUGGUAUGAGUUGCAGAUGAGAGUGUGCAACAGUGCUGGCUGUGCAGAGAAACAAACCAAAUUUGCAACACUCAAUUACGAUGGCAGUACAAUCCCUCCACUCAUUAAGUCAGUUGUGCAGAGUGAGGAAGGGCUGGCAACCAACGAAGGGCUAAAGAUGCUGGUGACCAUCUCCUGUAUCUUGGUUGGGGUCUUGCUGCUCUUUGUGAUGCUGCUGGUCGUGAGGAGGAGGAGGAGGGAGCAGAGGCUGAAGCGGCUGCGAGAUGCAAAGAGUCUGGCUGAAAUGCUUAUGAGCAAGAACACCAGGACAUCAGAUACACUUAAUAAACAGCAGCAAACACUGAGGAUGCACAUAGACAUUCCCAGAGCACAACUUCUGAUCGAGGAGAGGGACACCAUGGAGACCAUUGAUGACAGAUCGACAGUUCUGCUCACUGAUGCUGACUUUGGAGAGACAUCCAAGCAGAAGUCCCUGACUGUCACCCACACAGUCCAUUACCAGUCUGUGUCACAAGCCACAGGACCACUGGUGGAUGUUUCUGAUGCCCGGCCAGGAACAAACCCCACCACGAGGAGGAGCGCCAAAACCGGGCCCACCGCUCGCAACCGCUACGCCAGCCAGUGGACCCUCAACAGACCUCACCCCACCAUAUCAGCUCACACCCUCACCACGGACUGGAGGCUUCCCACCCCCAGGCCAGCGGGAUCAGUGGACAAGGAGAGCGACAGCUACAGCGUCAGCCCCUCGCAGGACACAGAUCGAGCGAGGAGCAGCAUGGUCUCCACAGAAAGUGCCUCCUCAACGUACGAAGAGCUGGCGAGGGCGUACGAGCACGCCAAGAUGGAAGAGCAGCUGAGACACGCCAAGUUCACCAUCACCGAGUGCUUCAUAUCAGACACCUCCUCGGAGCAGCUCACGGCAGGGACUAACGACUACACCGACAGCCUCACCUCCAGCACGCCGUCGGAGUCGGGGAUCUGCAGGUUCACAGCGUCCCCCCCCAAACCUCAGGAUGGAGGGAGGGUGAUGAACAUGGCGGUUCCAAAGGCGCAUCGGCCAGGUGAUCUCAUGCAUUUGCCACCCUACCUUAGGAUGGACUUUUUAUUGAACCGUGGCGUGCAGGGCACGAGCAGAGACCUGGGUUUGGGCCAAGCCUGCUUGGAGCCCCAGAAAAGCCGGACCUUGAAGCGCCCCACCGUCCUGGAGCCGAUCCCCAUGGAGACAUCCUCCACGAGGGAUGUUCAGUCAUGGCAACCUGGUGCUGUGGCAACGUUACCUCAGCGAGAAGGAGCUGAGCUGGGACAGGCAGCAAAAAUGAGCAGCUCCCAAGAAUCCCUGCUGGACUCCCGGGGCCACUUGAAAGGAAACAAUCCCUACGCAAAAUCUUACACCCUGGUAUAACACAAAGAGCAUGGCUGGACAGUGGCUGUAAAUAUUUACACUGAAAAACAAACAAACAAACAAAUCCAAUGAAAGCUACCUUUUUUUUAUUGAAUUCCAAUAUUUAUAAUUAAAGAAGAAGAUUGCCAAAAUAUUUGACAAAAAAAAAAAAUAAUAAUAUGAACGACAGACAGUGCAAAGACUCUCUUGCUUUUUUUCUGUCUGAGUGUGAGCUUCAUCCGACUGGACAUCUGAAUUUUUGGGUAAAAGAGUCCAGUUUUCUGAUCUUCACAAGCGUUUGUGUUUUUACUGAUUUUCUACGAAGUGCAUGGAGACUUAACUAAAACAUUUUAACUGGAAGUUCCAUCAGACAAGAUUUAAAAGGGAAAAAAAAAAAUCACAAAAAAAAAAAAAUCACCCUAUUUGUGAAUUCAACAGGAACAUUGAUUUGGAAAAACAAAAAGUCUUUUGUCAUGUUUGCACUUUUUUUUUUUAAUUAGAAAAUGGGUCCUUGAUUGUUCUUUUUUUUUUGUUGUUAAUUAGAAUGAGUGAUGUCAGUGGAGUGAGGAGAUUGAUUUGGGGGCUUUUUUUGAUAUUAAUUUAAUGAGACACUCUUUGCAUUUUGUCUAUGCGAAAUAAAAGGGUCUUCUGCCUUUA